AUGACCAGCCGGAUACGCACCCUGAUCUCCCCCACCGCGACGCAAAAAAACAGUUGCCUCUCCACCAAUACGCUCCCUGAUCUCCCCCACCGCGCACUGCUCGCUCUCUCUCCCCAAUACGCUCCUCAUCUCCCCACUUCGCCGCCGCCUCUCCACCACCACGAGGUCGUGCUCGUCAACUCCAACCCGGCCACCAUCAUGACCGACCCGGACCUCGCCCACUGCACCUACAUCAGGCCCAUGACGCCGCCGCUCGUCGAGGGCAUCAUCACCAGCGAGCGCCCCGACGCGCUCCUCCCCACCAUGGGCGGCCAGACCGCGCUCAACCUCGCCAUCUCCCUCGCCGAUUCCAGCGCGCUCGACCGCCUCGGCGUGCGCCUCAUCGGCGCAUCCCUCCGGCCAUCCGCAUGGACGAGGACCGCCAGUUCUUCAAGCUGGCCAUGGACCGCAUCGGGCUCAAGACACCGCCCUCAGGCAUCGGGACCACCCUUGAGGAGUGCAUCGACAUCGCCCAGGACAUCGGCGAGUUCCCUCUCAUCGUCUCACAGCGAGAAGGAGCGGGGCUCGGAACAGAUCUCCGGCGGGCGGUAG